AUGAGAAAGGUUUGCUCUAACCAAAUCCUCCCAAAUCUAAGAAGGCUGAACAGGAAGAUGGAGAAGAAGGUGAUGUUACCGACGUUGUUGAUGAGCUUGAAGAUGAAGAAACCAUUGGUCAUGUACGUAAAUCUUCCCAAGUUUCUGAAGACGAAGAAGAUGAGAUUGGCACAGCUUUCUCGGCCGUUUAAAGUCUGUCAUACGGAACACCUAGAGAAGAGGACAAGAAGAAGUGAUAUGAGCGGAUCAACAACAUCCAAUCCGUUGAGAGGAGAGAAGGUUAACCAGAAGCUUAAAUGGACGGCGGAGGAGAAGCACAGCCCCGUAAAGUGGAAAAAUAUCCUCCGUAAUUCUUAAUUCACUGAUCAGCUCUUUAAGAUUGUCUAGAAGCGAUCAUAGUUAGGUGGAAACAAAAAUGUCUGAACUAUAUGAAAGACAACCAAAGUGGACACUGAAACAGCUCGUACAAGAAACCAACCAACCAGAGGUGAUGAAGAUGAGAGGUGGAUCGGUCUUUGGUCUUUGGGAAGAAGACGGUUCUUGAGAGCGGCCAUCAUCCAAGUUAUCAGAGCAAGUGUAUGUCACCUCAGAUCGAAGGCGCUCUCAAUUACCAUUAGUUCUCUCUCUCUCCCUUUCCAAUUCGGGCCAUUGCCAAAUAUUGAUUUGUUUUUUGGUAGUAAUUGUUAUUCGGAUGUUGUUUUUGAUUGGAGUUGUGAAAUUGAGGCGAAUAGACUUGACUAUCGCUUUGAUGGUGAUGAAAUACUUUGGUAUUUAAAGUCUGCUUGUAUGGAGUUGGUUGAAUCUGUCAACCAAAUCAAAAUCCUUUAAAAUUAUGCCAUAGACAGAGCAAUGCAAAUUAAAAUCGGUAAUCAUUCAAGAAUGCA